UUUACGAUAACGGGAGCAGAGAAAUGAGGGGAAUGCUGAAGGGUUAUUUUAAAGAUGGGAGAAAUGACUGUUACGGAAAGUUCACUUACUUAUAUUUACCAUUGCUGCAAAACACCUGUUCUAUUGUUUACUUAAUCGGUUUUCAACUUAAAUUUACUUAAAAAGCAAGUUUCAUGUUAACACUGUGUCACUUGCCAUAAUAGAAAUAACCGUAAAAAUACAAUGAACACAAAGUCAUUUGAUUAAAAUAAUUUAAAAAUGUAAAAAUAAUUGAAUGCAAAUCAAAAUCAAUCAAACUGAGCUAAAAAAAUGAGCACCUAAAAAUAAGUUACUUAAACAGAAAACCAGAGCCGUUGACGAUCAGUCAGGAGAAAAAGGAUAUUCUGUUCUGUGUAUAUGUAAUAGUCACCAGCACUGUGCACAAUUCCUUCAUCUUCACCUUUACACUGCAUACAUACUGUUUUGAACACCUAUCCACAUUCAUUUCAACAGAGGAGCAAAAUAAAAACCUAGUCCCAUAUGAGGUGACAAGAGGAUGCUGACUUGCCCAGCACUUGAGGUUGUCCCCUGUUCCCAUGUCUCUGAUUUGGAGGGAAGUUGAGCUUUAGAAAAAUCCUCCUAAUGCUGCUGACUAAAAAGAAUCCCUACUCCUACGUCUCUUCUUAGAAAUUACUGGUGUAUGCAUCUGUGUGUGUGUGUGUGUGUGCGUGUGUGUGUGUGUGGUGGGGAAGGUGCUGCUCAGCUGUGGUUCUCCUCCUGCCUGAAACCAGGCAAAGGCAGGAGGCCAUCCAGAGGGCACCCGCAACUGUCACUAGACCCCAAGUCAUUGGCUAAGUCCCAUACUUUAGAAAACACUGCCCUAUAACAAUGGAGACAAUAUCUUCCAAAUUAAAAAUCAGGCAAUCUGAUAUUUCAACAAGAUACAGUAUUUAAAGAUAAGAGCUGGCCGGGCACGGUGGCUCACGCCUGUAAUCCCAGCACUCUGGGAGGCCAAGGAGGGCCGAUCACCUGAGGUCGGGAGUUCGAGACCACCCUGACCAACAUGGAGAAACCCCAUCUCUACUUAAAAUACAAAAUUAGCUGGGCGUGGUGGUGCAUGCCUGUAAUCCCAGCUACUUGGGAGGCUGAGGCAGGAGAAUCACUUGAACCUGGGAGGCAGAGGUUGCAGUGAGCCGAGAUCGCACCAUUGCACUCCAGCCUGGGCAACAGGAGCGAAACUCUGUCUUAAAAAAAAAAUAAAAAUAAAAAUAAAAAAUAAAAAAAUAAAGAUAAGAGCAGCCCAGAAAACCCAUAAUAAUAGUGCCAUACCUAGGACAUUCAUGUAUUAGUCCACACAUUUGAAAUGUUUAAAAUCAACACUAGUGCUACUGGGAUGUGAAAAUUCAUAGACAUAAUCCCUGCCCUCAAAGUAAGGCUGCCAGAUAAAAUUACAGAAUGCCCAGAUAAAUUUAAAUUUCAGAUGAACAGGGGUUUCUUUUAGUAUAUGUCUCAAAUAUUGCAUUAGAUAUAUUAAAAAUUUAUCUGUUGUUCAUCUGAAAUUCAAAUUUCUGGGUGUCCUACGUUAUUAUUCGCUAAAUCUGGCAACCCUACCUCAAAAGGUUUUCAGUCUAUUGAAGGGCAAAGACAAUUCAAACACAGUGAGAAUAUGAGAAGCGUCAGGGCCAAAGAGUCUUCACAGAAUGCUUGUGCAUAUCAAACAAAUAUCCAACUUAGGGAAGACAUUUGGAAACUGGUAACAUUGGAACUGAGUCUUAAGCUGGAAACAUAUGGGAUAUACCAUUUAUUUCAGCAUUUAAUAACAUGCCAUCAUGAUUUGUGACUUAACUGUCUGAUAAACAUGUGUUUUGUCUACAGAACUAGAUCUUAAGUUCCUUGAAGACACAGGUCAUCUCUUUAUGUCCCCCAUGCCACCUGGAACUGACAGGCACACUUAAGGCAGUAGUAAAUUACUGCACACAUUGAUGCAAAUGGUUUUGUCCUCCCAAAGAGUAAAAAUAUUCUGUUAGUGAAAUGUAUUGUAACUAGUGUUUUCUUUUUCAAUUUUAGUCUUUGAACACUGCAGCCAAGAAUCCAGUUUGAAACCUUGGGAGUCAAAUUCAUAGUAAAUACAUGAGCCAUUCACAGUGCAGCAAACUCUCAUGUUAGUUUUAUGACAGAUUCAGUGACACUGGAAUGGACACCUUUUUGAUUUUGGGGUUCCUUCCUAAGACCCCCAUGUGUGACAUAUUCAUGGUUGUAUUCAAGGUACUGAAGCAGUUACUACUGCUGGAUAGUCCAAUGAGUAUAAGAAGGCUUCUCUACAAACACAUGCUGCCCACAUCGAAGUUCCUCUUUAAUCUACUGCAGUUUGAAAUUGUCCCCCACUUUCUCCAAGAGUCCACUCCAAGCUAGUUUAGGGUGAGGUCUACCAUAGCCUUUGGAAGAGGGAGGGAAGAUAACUUCUCUCAUCUCUCCUAGUCCCAGCUCUAAAGACCAGAACCAGGGAGAAAGCAUUACACUGCUUUUCCAAACACAUUCCCCAAAUGUGGCACCUUUUCAACAAUUUUAGAAACAAAUUUAAGGCAUAAUAGAUGCCUUAAAAAUUGGCAUGAUAGAUGUUAGAGUGAUCAUAAAGACUUUAAAAGAGAAAAAGAUGUAAAGAAGGUAAUCAAAUGGGGAGCAUUUUUAACAAUGUGCUCACUUCUUCCCCUUCAAUUCCUUGAAUUGAGUCUGAAUUAUCAUUCCUAUUGAUCUCCGAGCCCAGAACAUUACUUUGUGGUCUGGCCUAAGGUGUCUUCCAAUUUUUUAAAUCACAAUAUUCCUAAGAGGACAGCGAUGAGGUCUGGGGUGUUAUGAGGAUUGGAAACCUAGCCACAAUUGACCAUGAAAGUCCAAAAUGCCUUUAAAGUCUUUGUCUCUAAGGCCCAUUUUCAAGGUCUUGUUAUAUAGCUAAUUUUUCCCCGACUUACGUCAAAAAUAAACGAAGCUGGGUUCUAGGUAAAAUGGUAGGGACAGAUUUUAAUCACUACUACUACUGCAAUAGGGAAAAGAACCCAGCGUGAACUGAAUUCAAUUUCGAUUUGUAGAGGCAACCGAGCGUUUUAAAGAGAAUGAAGGAAUUAGGAUGGGACUGAUGACGCCGAGGGGGACUUAGCAACUUUUUCAGGUUUGAAAAGCCUCAACAUCAACGCGCGACGGCGCUCUUUCAACAUCAGCCUCCAGAGCUGGGGCUGCAGCCAGGAGAGAACUACAACGCCCAGCAGCCCCGGCGGGUGUAAACACUCCCAACUUCCGAGGCGUUGCUCACCAUCGGCCAUCAGCGCCAGUGCCACUCGCGCCCUCAAGAAGUCGCACGGAGUUCGGGCCGGCAGCAUCGGCUGGAGUCGUAGGGUAGUGAGCCGCUGUCUACCCAGCGAGACGGAGCGCUCAGGACGCAACCUUAUGAGUUGGAAGCCGCAGGAGGCGGAACCGGGUUGCGGGAUACGCGUUGACGUCACAUCCUCUGGGCGUGGCCGCAAGGAACCCGCGCAAAUGGAAAGAUCUGCCUUUCGCGCGCUGUUUAGCCAAGUUGCCCGUGUUCUGCGUUGCUGGCCGUGGGUGCUCUGGCCACAGUGAGUUAGGGACGUCGGAGCGGGUUUCUCCAACCGCAAUCGGCUCCGCUCAAGGGGAGGAGGAGAGUCCCUUCUCGGAAGACCUAAGGAAACGUGUCGUCUGGAAUGGGCUUGGGGGCCACGCCUGCACAUCUCCGCGAGACAGAGGGAUAAAGUGAAGAUGGUGCUGUUAUUGUUACCUCGAGUGCCACAUGCGAUCUCUUUGAGAUAUGUACACAGUCAUUCUUACUAUUGCACUCAGCCAUUCUUACUACGCUAAAGAAGAAAUACUUAUUCGAGGAUAUUUGCCUGGCCUAGAAGAAACUUAUGUAAAUUUCAUGAACUAUUAUAUCCGUUUUCCUCGGAGUGAGAGAAAACUCUUUUUAGAUACCAUCUGAGAGGUAGUUAAUUUGGCAGCAUGGGGAUACAGGGAUUGCUACAAUUUAUCAAAGAAGCUUCAGAACCCAUCCAUGUGAGGAAGUAUAAAGGGCAGGUAGUAGCUGUGGAUACAUAUUGCUGGCUUCACAAAGGAGCUAUUGCUUGUGCUGAAAAACUAGCCAAAGGUGAACCUACUGAUAGGUAUGUAGGAUUUUGUAUGAAAUUUGUAAAUAUGUUACUAUCUCAUGGGAUCAAGCCUAUUCUCGUAUUUGAUGGAUGUACUUUACCUUCUAAAAAGGAAGUAGAGAGAUCUAGAAGAGAAAGACGACAAGCCAAUCUUCUUAAGGGAAAGCAGCUUCUUCGUGAGGGGAAAGUCUCAGAAGCCCGAGAGUGUUUCACCCGGUCUAUCAAUAUCACACAUGCCAUGGCCCACAGAGUAAUUAAAGCUGCCCGGUCUCAAGGGGUAGAUUGCCUCGUGGCUCCCUAUGAAGCUGAUGCGCAGUUGGCCUAUCUUAACAAAGCGGGAAUUGUACAAGCCAUAAUUACAGAGGACUCGGAUCUCCUAGCUUUUGGCUGUAAAAAGGUGAUUUUAAAGAUGGACCAGUUUGGAAAUGGACUUGAAAUUGAUCAGGCUCGGCUAGGAAUGUGCAGGCAGCUUGGGGAUGUAUUCACGGAAGAGAAGUUUCGUUACAUGUGUAUUCUUUCAGGCUGUGACUACCUGUCAUCACUGCGUGGGAUUGGAUUAGCAAAGGCAUGCAAAGUCCUAAGACUAGCCAAUAAUCCAGAUAUAGUAAAGGUUAUCAAGAAAAUUGGACAUUAUCUCAAGAUGAAUAUCACGGUACCAGAGGAUUACAUCAAAGGAUUUAUUCGGGCCAACAAUACCUUCCUCUAUCAGCUAGUUUUUGAUCCCAUCAAAAGGAAACUUAUUCCUCUGAACGCCUAUGAAGAUGAUGUUGAUCCUGAAACACUAAGCUACGCUGGGCAGUAUGUUGAUGAUUCCAUAGCUCUUCAAAUAGCACUUGGAAAUAAAGAUAUAAAUACUUUUGAACAGAUCGAUGACUACAAUCCAGACACUGCUAUGCCUGCUCAUUCAAGAAGUCGUAGUUGGGAUGACAAAACAUAUCAAAAGUCAGCUAAUGUUAGCAGCAUUUGGCAUAGGAAUUACUCUCCCAGACCAGAGUCGGGUAUUGUUUCUGAUGCCCCACGAUUGAAGGAAAAUCCAAGUACUGUGGGAGUGGAACGAGUGAUUAGUACUAAAGGGUUAAAUCUCCCAAGGAAAUCAUCCAUUGCAAAAAGACCAAGAAGUGAAGAGCUGUCAGAAGAUGACCUGUUGAGUCAGUAUUCUCUUUCAUUUACGAAGAAGACCAAGAAAAAUAGCUCUGAAGGCAAUAAAUCAUUGAGCUCUUCUGAAGUGUUUGUGCCUGACCUGGUAAAUGGACCUACUAACAAAAAGAGCGUAAGCACUCCACCUAAGACAAGAAAUAAAUUUGCAACACUUUUACAAAGGAAAAAUGAAGAAAGUGGUGCAGUUGUGGUUCCGGGGACCAGAAGCAGGUUUUUUUGCAGUUCAGAGUCUAUUGACUGUGUAUCAAACAAAGUGAGCAGCCAGCCUCUGGAUGAAACUGCUGUCACAGAUAAAGAGAACAAUUUGCAUGAAUCAGAGUAUGGAGACCAAGAAGGCAAGAGGCUGGUUGACACAGAUGUAGCACAUAAUUCAAGUGAUGACAUUCCGAAUAAUCAUAUUCCAGGUGAUCAUAUUCCAGACAAGGCAACAGUGUUUACAGAUGAAGAGUCCUACUCUUUUAAGAGCAGCAAAUUUACAAGGACCAUUUCACCACCCACUUUGGGAACACUAAGAAGUUGUUUUAGUUGGUCUGGAGGUCUUGGAGAUUUUUCAAGAACUCUGAGCCCGUCUCCAAGCACAGCAUUGCAGCAAUUCCGAAGAAAGAGCGAUUCCCCCACCUCUUUGCCUGAGAAUAAUAUGUCUGAUGUGUCGCAGUUAAAGAGCGAGGAGUCCAGUGAUGAUGAGUCUCAUUCCUUACGAGAAGGGGCAUGUUCUUCACAGUCCCAGGGAAGUGGAGAAUUCUCACUGCAGAGUUCAAAUGCAUCAAAGCUUUCUCUGUGCUCUAGUAAGGACUCUGAUUCAGAGGAAUCUGAUUGCAAUAUUAAGUUACUUGACAGUCAAAGUGACCAGACCUCCAAGCUACGUUUAUCUCAUUUCUCAAAAAAAGACACACCUCUAAGGAACAAGGUUCCUGGGCUAUAUAAGUCCAGUUCUGCAGACUCUCUUUCUACAACCAAGAUCAAAUCUCUAGGACCUGCCAGAGCCAGUGGGCUGAGCAAGAAGCCGGCAAGCAUCCAGAAGAGAAAGCAUCAUAAUGCCGAGAACAAGCCGGGGUUACAGAUCAAACUCAAUGAGCUCUGGAAAAACUUUGGAUUUAAAAAAGAUUCCGAAAAGCUUCCUCCUUGUAAGAAACCCCUGUCCCCAGUCAGAGAUAACAUCCAACUAACUCCAGAAGCGGAAGAGGAUAUAUUUAACAAACCUGAAUGUGGCCGUGUUCAAAGAGCAAUAUUCCAGUAAAUGCAGACUGCUGCGAAGCUUCUGCCUGCAAGAGGAUCUGAUCAAUUUGAAGUUCCUGUUUGGGAAUGAGGCACUUAUCAACAUGAAGAAUUUUUUUCUCAUUCUGUGCCAUUUUAAAAAUAGAAUACAUUUUGUAUACUAACUUUAUAAUUGGGUUGUGUUUUUUUUGCUCAGCUUUUUAUAUUUUUAUAAGAAGCUAAAUAGAAGAAUAAUUGUAUCUCUGACAGGUUUUUGGAGGUUUUAGUGUUAAUUGGGAAAAUCCCGUGGAGUUUAUAAAAGUCUACUCUAAAUAUUUCUGUAAUGUUGUCAAGUAGAAAGAUAGUAAAUGGAGAAACUACAA